GCGGCAUGUGUGUUUGGCUAGUUACAGCUGAAUGGAGACGGAUACAUGGUGCGCUCGGAUAGAAAUACGAUGCGUGACAGCAAGCGGGUCUGCUUAAAAGAAGUCAUCAUUAUCCUGUAGAGUUCAGAAACGACACGAGCGAUGACAGUGCGCGUCUUCCAACAAGAAAAUACCACGACUCUGUUAUGGUUUUGACAUUUAUAGUAGUUUUCUAAUUUGUAAUUUACUUAUUUUACAAUCCCUGAAGCUCAUCACUGUUUGGAAUAUUUUUCUUCAUGACUAUCUCUAAUAUAAUCGAAGUGGAGGAGCCACAUUUGGGGGACUGUAAUAUGAAAAAAGAAGCAACCGAAUUAUUAGGGUUUGUUCCGCAAAAAAAUAUUGUUUACAACGAACUUCUGCCUUACAAGGACAAACUAGAUGAAGAGUCCAAUGAAUUUUUGGCGCAGAUCAAAGGAAACCUCGGCAGAGCCGUCCAACUCCGAGAGAUAUGGCCAGGUGUCUUGUUUUGGACGAGGAAACUUUCCACGUAUAUGCGACUGUAUGGAAGGAAGUUCAGCAAAGAGGAACAUGUGCACUUUGUCAAGCUGCUGUACGAGCUGGUCACCAUCCCUAAACUGGAGAUCAGUAUGAUGCAGAGCUUCGCCCGUCUCCUCAUCACCCUGCUGAAGAAGAAGGAGCUGCUUUCAAGAGAGGACUUAGAAUUGCCAUGGCGGCCCCUUUAUGAGUUGCAGGACAGGAUCCUGUACUCAAAGACAGAGCACCUCAGCCUGAACUGGUUUCCCAGUUCUCUGCGGCCACGCUCUUCCUCUAAACACAUAAUCGUUAAACUUGCUCAGAGGUGCUCAGUGGAAGCAGUUCUGAAGGCUUUAAUCAAGAACUGCAGGCCAUAUUUCCCAGAAUCUGCCACACAGGAGAUGCUGGAUGAGUGGAGACCUCUGAUGUGCCCGUUUGACGUGACCAUGCAGAAGGCAAUGGGAUAUUUCGGGCUCUUCCUGCCCACCACUUUUCCCCCAGAGCUGCAUGAUAAGGGCUUUAAACUUUGGUUUGAUGAGUUUAUAAGCCUGUGGGUGUCAGUGCAGAACCUUCCAAGCUGGGAAGUCAAUCUCGUCAGUCUUUUUGCACGACUGGCCAAUGACAACAUUGGUUACAUAGAUUGGGACCCUUAUAUUCCGAAGAUCUUCACUAGGAUCUUAAGGAGUCUUAAUCUUCCUGUAGGAUCCAGUCAGAUGCUGGUUUCCAGAUAUCUGACAAAUGCCUAUGACAUCAGUCAUGUGGUCAUCUGGAUUUCUGCUUUGCUGGGAGGGCCCAGUAAGCAGACCCAGACCCAGCUCAGUGGCCUUUUCAACAGUAUCACCUCGUUUUUCCACCCUUCCAACCACGGCCGCUGGCUGAUGAAACUCAUGAAGCUCGUGCAGCGUUUACCUGCCAGCGUUGUGAAGCGACUGCAUCGAGAACGCUACCGGACGCCAACGUGGCUGACUCCUGUUCCCGAGAGCCACCUUCUCAGUGAGCAAGACAUCACAGACUUUGUGGAAAGCAUGAAGCAGCCCGUCCUGUUGGCGAUGUUUAGUAAAACUGGCAGCCUGGAUGCUGCCCAGGCCUUGCAAAACCUUGCUCUGCUCAGACCUGAGCUAGUCAUUCCUCCAGUGCUGGAGAAGACAUAUCCUGCCAUGGAGACCCUCACUGCACCUCACCAGCUGACCGCCACCCUAAGCUGUAUGAUCGGUGUGGCACAGAGCCUGGUGGCUGGGGGCCAGAGGUUUCCAGAGGGCCCCACACACAUGCUGCCUCUCCUCAUGAGGGCUCUGCCUGGGGUCGACCCCAACGACUUCAGAAAGUGCAUGAUAACAUUCCAGUUUUUAGCAACUUUUGUUACUCUUGUGCCAUUGGUGGACUGUUCAGCUGCAGUUCAGACAAGAAAUGACCUCACACAGGUGGAAAAAGAGUUGUGUUCAGCAUCGGCAGAGUUCGAGUAUUUUGUUCUUCAAUUUAUUGAUAGAUGUUUUGCACUGAUUGACACGAGUACACCGGAACAGACUCAAGAGGAGAUGGAGACAGAGAAAAUGACUCAUCUGGAGAGUCUGUUGGAGCUGGGCCUGUCCUCCACAUUCUGCACUAUCCUCACACAAUGCUCUAUGGAAAUAUUCCAGGUUAUUAUAAACACACACAUGGAGUUAAACCUAGUCAUAACAUAUACUACCACUCAAAAGUUUGGGGUCGGUAAGAUUUUUUUUUUUAUAUGUUUUGCUUACCAGGGCUAUUUCUAUGAUGAAAAAUACAGUAAAAACAGUAAUAUUUUGAAAAAUGUAUAAAAUAACAGUCCUUGUCUCUGUCUGUAGGUGACCCGUGUGGGUAGUGAUCAACUGUUACUCUACAGGUCUCAGCUGGUGCAGAUUCUUCAGUUAACUCUGCACCUGAAAUGGAAGCAGGGCUACAAUCUGGCCUGUAAGCUACUCUAUCACAUCCUGCGUUCCAUGUCCAUCAUCUAUCCCAGAGAAUACUGCAGUGUGCCCAGCGGCGUCCAGCAGCACAGUGACACAUACUUACCAAUUAAGGACUGGGGGCAGCCUGGAGACCUGUUGAACCUGGGCAUCCAAUGGCACGUGCCCAGCACAGAAGAGAAAGAGUUUGUUUUCUACCUGCUGGAUCUGCUGUUAAAGCCUGAACUCCAGCGUCUGCAGAAACACGCACAGGGAGAACAAGACAUCAGCAGGGAUGACGUUCUGCAGAGUCUGUCCAUUGUUCAUAACUGCCUUCUGGGAGCAGGCAGCCUUCUGCCUCUACUGUAUGGAGAACCUGUGCCAGAGAUGGCAAACAGUAUGGUUCCACUAUACGAGACAAACGUGUACACGGGAGUAGACUAUGACCUGUCUAGAGAGAACUACAGAGAGGACAUCUGUAAGGUGAUUAGACCUCUACUACACCAUACUCUAGAGCACUCAGAGGACGACAUCAAAUCCCUCUUCUCAAUUCUAAAGAUCAUCAAUGACCUGCUUCACUUCAAAGGCUCACACAAACAUGAGUUUGACUCCCGCUGGAAAAGUUUCAGUCUUAUUAAGAAGUCCAUGGAGAACAAGCUUCACGGCAGUAAACAGCACAUCAGAGCUCUACUCAUAGACAGAGUCAUGUUGCAACAUGAGUUAAGAAAUCUGACCAAGGAGGGAUGUUGCUACAGGAGUGUUCAUCAAGACCUGAUAAAUGACCUGCUCCGACUGUCCACCAGCAGGUACAGUCAGGUGAGGAGUAAAGCUCAGAAUGUGCUGUUCACUGCAUUGGGUACCUACAACUUAUGCUGCAGAGAUGUCAUCCCUGCAGUGCUGAAGUAUCUGGACCCAGACCGCACUGACGUUACCCAGCAGCAAUUCAAAGGUGCCUUGUACUGUCUGUUAGGGAACCACUCUGUUAUCUGUCUUGCUAACCUGCAGUACUGGGACUGCAUUACUCUCACAUGGCCUGUCAUCAUACGCUCUGGUUUGAGCCCCUCCAUGUCUCUAGAGAAGUCUUCGGUCGUCCGGCUCUUCGAUGAUCUGGCUGACAAAAUCCACUGCCAGUACGAGACCAUUGGAGUUGACUUUUCUAUCCCGGAGAGUUGUGUGGAGGUUGCUCUAAAAAUGAUGAAAUCUAGUAACCCAGAACCGACUCUAUGUGCCGCCUCUGAACAGGAGGAACUGGAGGGAAGAAAGAGACAGGAACAGAAAAACAAAGACUCAGUGCAAAAGUAUGAGAAUCUAGUGGUGGAUCUUUUGGACUGCCUUUACGACCGAAACCUGCCCUGGAAGUUUGAGCAGAUAGCUAUCGGCUUCCUCUCUCUGAUGCUGAGAGAUGACCACCCCUUGCCUUCCUCUGCAGUCCUCUUUUUCAUUGAGAGCCUGAACCACGACUCGCUCUUAGUUCGCAAUGGUGCGAUAUCAGCAGUGAGUGGAAUUUUAAAGCAGCUUAAGAGACCUCACAAGAAAGUGGCAGUGAAUCCUUACGACUUAUCUGAGCUCAAAACGUCUCUACAAUCAUGUGGUGGUAAAGCUCUAGGCUCUCUGCUGGCAGGAGACAGGUCUGAUAACCAGUGGCUGCAGUAUGACAGUAGCAGGUUGCCACGUUCCCAGCAGGACUGGGAUGAAUGCUGCUUCAUUGAGAAAACCCACUGGGGCUAUUCCACAUGGCCACGGACGCUGAUGCUCUAUGCCCCUCCUGAGGAACAGCCUAAACAGGGCAAAACAAGACAAGAAAUGAAUGAGAGUGAAAAGAUCAUAUACGAUCAUUUCUCAGACCAGCAGUUCAUAGAUCAGUUCAUCCACUAUUUGUCUCAGGAGGACAGAAAGGGGAAAGAUAAAUUCAGCCCACGACGAUUUUGCCUUUUUAAGGGUCUUUUCCGGAACUUUGAUGAUGCCUUCCUGCCUCUGCUGAAGCCUCAUAUGGAGCGACUGGUUGCAGAUUCCCAUGAGAGCACCCAGCGCUGUGUGGCGGAGAUCAUCUCUGGACUCAUCAGGGGCUCCAAACACUGGAGCUACAGCAAGGUGGAAAAACUGUGGGCUCUACUGUGUCCACUCCUCCGUAAAGCUCUCUCCAAUAUCACCAUUGAGACGUAUGCAGACUGGGGCACCUGCAUUGCCACUGCCUGCGAGAGCCGAGACCCACGAAAGCUGCACUGGCUGUUUGAGAUGCUGAUGGAAUCACCGGUCACAGGAGAAGGAGGCUCAUUUGUGGACGCCUGCCGUCUGUAUGUGCUGCAGGGAGGUCUUGCUCAGCAGGAGUGGAGGGUCCCAGAGCUGCUUCACAGGUUACUACACUACCUAGAACCCAAACUCACUCAGGUCUACAAGAAUGUACGCGAACGCAUCGGCAGUGUGCUCACCUACAUCUUCAUGAUUGACGUGAACCUACCACACACUCAGCCCACCAUGUCUCCGCGCAUCGCAGAGUUCACAGAGCGUGUGCUGGCCAGGCUCAAGCCUUUAACGGAGGGUGAGGAGGAGAUCCAGAACCAUGUGGUAGAGGAGAACACAGUGGGAGAUCAAGACGAGAGGACACAAGCCAUCAAAUUACUCAAAACUGUGUUGAAGUGGUUGAUGACCAGUGCUGGACGCUCCUUCUCUUCUGCGGUCCCUGAACAGCUUCGUCUCCUCCCUCUACUCUUUAAAAUUGCUCCCGUGGAGAAUGACGACAGCUAUGAUGAGAUGAAGAGAGACGCUAAGAUGUGUCUGUCUCUCAUGUCCCAGGGGCUUCUGUACUCAGAGCAGAUCCCACAAGUCCUCAAUGCACUUGAGGAGAUUUCAAGGAUCAGCUCAUGGCACGCACGUUACACCGUUCUCACCUACCUGCAGAUCAUGGUUUUCUACAAUCUUUUCACCUUCCUCAGUGAUGCCAAGGCCGUCAGUGACGUGAGAGCGCUGGUACUACGCCUGCUGGAGGAUGAACAACUUGAGGUGAGGGAGAUGGCCGCCACCACUCUAAGUGGAUUCCUGCAGUGUAAUUUUCUCAGCAUUGAUGAACCCAUGCAGGCCCAUUUUGAGGCCCUGAGCAAGACCCGUCUGCCCAAGCGCAAGAGGAGAGAGCUGGGCUCAGUGGUGGACAUGAUCCCUUCUGCUGACCUGGUACGGCGGCAUGCAGGUGUAUUGGGUCUGAGUGCCUGCAUCCUGUCCAGUCCGUAUGAUGUGCCCACCUGGAUGCCCCAGAUCCUCAUGGACCUGAGUGCCCACCUCAAUGACACACAGCCUAUAGAGAUGACUGUGAAGAAAACCCUGUCGGAUUUCCGUCGCACUCAUCAUGAUAACUGGCAGGAACACAAGCAGAAGUUCACAGAUGACCAGCUGCUGGUGCUCACAGAUCUGCUGGUCUCCCCCUGUUACUACGCGUAGAAUGAUGUCACUGUCUGGUGAAGGGGAAAGCAAAGCUAAAUGAAACAUGAAUUUUUGUUUGCUCUGAAUGUCUGGGAUUGUUUUUAGAGGAAAAGUAAAAUGAUUUAUGUAGCAAUAAAUGCUACAUCUAGUUAUAAAAUAACUAGAAUCUUUUACUAAACUUUUUUUUUUUUUUUUUUUUGAGGACACUUAAUAUUUAAGGGGAACUUUAUUGCAGGUAUCGCUGACCUGCAUCUAUAAUGUUCUUGUACAGAUUUAAAUUUUUGCUUGUGUGAAUGCAGUAUGGAUUGUUAUAGCCCAAUAUAAAGCAGUUUUCUGCACUGCUUUGCAUUGCAUUGCAUAUUUAUUGUAAUAAUAGCAUUUGACAAUUUUAGCAGUAAUCCUUUCAAAAUGUGUACACAUGUAAUAUUGGUAAAUGUUACAUAUGUGUAUGAGGUAAAGGUACCAAUUUCUUUUUGAAGUAGCACUGUACAUUUCCCCAUGCCUCAUAGAGACAGUGUGAAUUUUGAACAGUUAUGUAAGCCUACAUCAAUUAAAGAGUGUAAGACUAUAUGCUUUGGUGAUGCUGUUCUCCAAUUGUCAUGCCAAUACAGCUGAACUAAACUGAUAAUUGAAUAUAAUCACAAUGGCAAUAGCAUUACAAAAUAGUAGUCCUUUUUAAACCAUGAGAUUUUAAACUCCUGCACGUCAUGCAUCUUUUUCUCUAUUCAUAUUUUUGCAGUCAGUAAAUUGUUUAUUAUUUAUUUAUUCAAUUGAAACGUUUAGUCUGUCUUUUCAGUUGACCUUUGCAUUUAGUUUAGUGUUUGCAGUUUUUGCUUCAAGCCAGGUGUUCUCAUAUCCCGAUAUCAGAAGCUUUUUAAAGGUAGUGUCAGCAAAAGCGGAGACAGUGUCAUUGAGACUUGCUAUUAGCAAGCGUUGCCGAGCUUGUCAGUAGCAACAGUUGUAGACUGUACAUUAAUGCAGUGAUUUGUUGGCAAGCUUGCAUUUUAAGUGUAAUUAACGCUGUCAAAAUCAUGUCAUAAGCCAAUGUGUAGUUUAACUUUGGUUGGUAAGCUAUAAGACAAAGUAAUGCUAUGCUAAUGCUUGCUUACUUUUGUUAGUUUUUCUUGAUAUUCCUUUUACAAAUAUUUGACAAAAGACAAGUGAUGAUUGUAAUAAAGUGUGACAAAAUAUG